AUCCGUCCCUGUCACCCACCACCUUUAUAAGCUUGCUAGCUACCUCUUUAAAAUCUAAAUCUUCAUCUAUAAUCAUGAAUUUAUGUCGAUAUAAAUAAUUUCGCUAAAUUUUCCUUUUUUUUUUUUGGGUGAAAUCUUAAAUAUUAAAAAUGCCAUUGUUGGGUAUGUUAUGUAGUUCUAAAGUAACAAACAUUCUACAAGUAGGAUGUGUACAUGACCAUCAAUGGAGGGUUCAUAAAUAUUGUUAUAAUUAUAAUUAUCGAUCAUCUUUAAGUUAUAAUAAUUUGUGUUCUAAGACAACAUUUUCGGUAUGUUUGCCGAAUCUUACAAAAACGAAAGAGGAUUGUGCAAGAAAUUUGUUGGUUGUGAGAGCUGUUUCGAUUCCUGAGAGUGCAGAUGGAGGUAGUGAGGCUAAUUCUGCAAAUACUUUGGCUGCUCCAUUACAGCUUGGAGCCAUGUUUUGCCUUUGGUAUACAUUGAAUAUUUACUUCAAUAUUUACAACAAGCAGGUUCUUAGAGUGUAUCCAUACUCUUCAACAAUCACAGCAUUCCAAUUUGGGUGUGGAAGUUUGCUUGUUCUUCUUAUGUGGGCAUUUAAUCUUCAUCCAAAACCAAAGCUUACCCGUUCGCAGUUUGCAGCAAUUUUACCAUUAGCAAUAGCACAUGCAAUGGGCAACCUUCUAACAAAUGUAAGCCUUGGAAAAGUUGCGGUCUCAUUCACUCACACUAUCAAAGCUAUGGAGCCCUUCUUUACUGUUCUUCUUUCUGUUCUCUUUCUUGGUGAGAGGCCUAACCCAUGGAUAGUAUUCUCUCUGGCGCCAAUUGUUGGUGGAGUGGCUUUGGCAUCUUUCACUGAGGCCUCUUUCAAUUGGAUAGGCUUUGGUAGCGCAAUGGCAUCAAAUUUGACCAAUCAGUCACGAAAUGUGCUGAGCAAGAAGUUGAUGGUUAAGGAAGAGGAGGGUUUGGACAACAUCAAUCUAUUCUCUAUAAUAACACUCCUCUGCUUCCUCAUAUUAGUCCCUUCUGCUAUUCUCAUUGAUGGACUCAAAUUUACUCCCACAUAUUUUCAAUUAGCUGCAAGCCAAGGCGUAAAUGUUAGAGAACUUUGGGUGAAAGCUCUUGUUGCUGGCCUUUGUUUCCACACUUAUCAACAGGUAUCAUACCUGAUUUUAGGAUCAGUAUCAGCCGUGACACAUUCUGUGGGAAAUUGCUUGAAACGAGUUGUAGUUAUUGUGUCCUCAGUACUCUUUUUCCAGACACCCAUCUCACCCCUUAACUCAUUUGGAACUGCACUAGCUCUAGCAGGUGUGUUCUUAUACACGAGAGCUAAGAGAUUGAAGCCAAAGUUGAAAUCUUCUUGAUGAUUUACUUCAUCAUCUUAAUCAUGUUUUUAUACAUAUUCUUUUUCUUGAGGGGUAAGAUAUUGUAGUCAUGUUAUCUAAAAUCAAAAUGUAAUAUAAAUUCAGGAACAUAAAUAACUAGAGAGUCCCUCCGUCUCUUUGUGUUUGUACCACAUGAAUUAGAUAUGAGACUUUUAAAUCGUACGACGUACGGUGAAAAAUAAAAAUUGAAAGGGAUGGAGAGAGUAUAUAAGAAUGGGAUUGGAUGGUUGUGAAGCCAGUGGUCAACUGGUCCAAAACCCUUAUCAUAGGAGUUUAUUAAUUGGGCUUUUGCUAGAUUGAGGUCCAAUAGUCAAAAAGAAUUUUUUUUUUCUCCUUUUUUUUUAUUUUUAUUUUGAUAUCAAGGCUAAUGAAAUUCAGAAAAGCACUUUCUAAA